AUGCUUGCAUCGACAGGAAGGGGAGGUGCUGGAAACAUCCUUGACCAGUCCAAGUCGCCCAAGCUCACGCCCGAGGACCUCGAGACGCCCACGUUGAAGACAAAUGUUGUAACCAGUGGCCGUGGAGGUAGCGGAAACAUGGUCAAGGGAGACUCCUCAGUCAAGCGUGCACUUCAGGAUGUUGAGGCUGUCCCUCGACGUGACAGCGGCGGCGCGACCCACUAUGGCAGGGGAGGAGCCAAUGUCUUCAAAGGGUCUCUCGAGGAGGAGGCUGCUGCCCGGAAGGCCAAGGCCGAGGGCACCAGCGCCAUCGAUGACGAACAGUCCUCGCUGCGCAAGAGCCCGUCCCCCGACGAGAAGACCAACAGCCUCGCCGCCAAGGGCAAGCAGUGGCUCAGCAACCUGACCAAGAAGGCAUGA